UUUUAAAGACUUAAUUUUGUUCAUGAACGAAAGGAGUAAUUUUUGAGAGGAAAAAUGUAAGCGAAGCAGACAACGUAACUGCACAUAAAUCUGUGUAUUACCCGUGGGAUAUCGUAAUCGGGGAUCGCCCUGUACCUGAGCGGCUUGUUAGUGUGACGUUAUCAAUAUGACACCACCGAGCAAAAUAGUUAAUUAUUAGCGAGUAUUUAUUGCGUUAUCCCUAUCAUUAAUCGUCGCUGUCAGGAGAGAGAACUUAUCUCGCAUUUCAUCGCGGGCAACGCCAACCAUUUACAGCUGCUUGCUUUAGAACUCCACCCUCGCAACAUCGCUGAAGUACAGGCAUAGCAAUACGGAGCAGUUACGCUGGAAUUUCGCGAUGGAAAUCGGUCCAGAAAGCGUUCUAAACUCCGCCGGAGAUCCAGCGCGACAUUGCCCCGAGCGCGGGCGGGGACACACGGCCUCAACCACUGACUCAGCUAUGGUAUUCGGUCUAAAACCAGUCUACAAGAUGUUUUAUUUAUACCUUAUUCUAGCAGUUUUCCUCUGCCUACCCACAUCGAUAUAUUGUGCUCCUGCUCAUCAUGAACAGUCCCAGAACAGUGUUGAUACAAAUGAAGGACGUUUUCAAAACAAAGGCGAACAGUACUACCGCGACGAUGCUAAUAUUGGAGAAAAGGGAACCAUUUAUAAACAGAUGUCACUUAAAGAAAAAUUGCGAGAGAAAUUUUCGACUUCCAAACAUGACAGGAUCGAGGCGAAACCGUUCACCCUUAAAGCAGAAAUCAGUUUGGAUUGGCGUGAUAUGAAGGAUUUCCUUCGCAGUCUAGUGAAAGGUUCGGCAACGACUACCCACCACACCGACGGCACCCCUCCUCAUCGAUCAGCCCGGGACACGGAGACUCAGAUGGGCGCUGCUGAGUCGGGAGACGGCGGAACGGGGAUAUCGAACCUCAGUCCUGCCGCCGUCGUCGGGACGAUCGUCGGAGGGACCGUCGGCGUGUUCCUCAUCGUGGUGCUAACGGUAAUCUUCUGCUCGUACAGGAACUACUCGUCGCUGGAGAUGCGGCAGAGAACAGCCGAUGUGUAUGGUGGGAGAGGGAGAGGGUAUCCUCAGGCCGAAAGAAGGAUGUAGGGAGUGAACCAUUAUAAUAGGGGCGUAUCCAGAAAGUGGUAAUAAGAGGGAGGGGGUCGAACAUGGAUCAAUGUGGGGGAUUGUAAUGAUCAGAUGCAGAGACGGGAUGUGUACGGUGGGAAGGGGUAUCACCCGGUCGAAAAAAGGACGUAGGGAUGUCGGGAGAAUGCCUGAAUCAUUUUGGGGCAUAUCCAAAAUUCGCCGGGACCGAAGGCUGGAUGUGGGUG